AUGGACAGUUCAAGCAUUUUGAUAGAAGGUGAUAGUAAUCAAAGGGAAGAUGUAGAAGUUGAUCACGGCGAUGGUGAUGAAUCACUUUGGGUUCCUGUAAUUGGAAUGUGUUUUUCAUGUUUAGAGGAAGUUAAAACAUAUUAUCAAGAGUAUACUUUGAAAAAGGGGUUUGGAUGGAGGAUUAGAUCAUCGAAAAAAGGAGACGACAGGGAGCUCCAUUACCUUAUACUUUCAUGUUCAAGAGAGGGGUCUAACAUUUCAAAAAUUUCAUGCACGUUGAAGACACUUCCAUCUAGAGCGAAAAACUGUCCUGCCAAGAUUUGUAUUAAAUUAAAACAAGAUGGUUUGUGGUACAUUACACAAUUUGAAGAAAACCAUUCUCAUGAGACUAGUCCUACAAAAGCAAGAUUGUUCAAGGCUAACAAGAAAAUGAACUUACAUGUACGAAGAACAAUUCAAAUCAAUGAUGAUGCGGGAGUAAGGAUCAACAAGACUUUUCAAUCGCUUAUUAAAGAUGCAGGAGGGCAUGAAAAUAUUCCCUUUUGUGAAAAAGAUGUGAGGAAUUAUAUUAACAAAGAGCGUCGUGCGAUUGGAAAAGAAGGUGAUGGUAAGGCUUUGAUAAGUUAUUUUUGUAAAAUGCGGGAACAGAAUACAAAUUUCUUUUAUGACAUAGAUUUAGAUGAUGAUUUUCAUGUGAGGAAUGUAUUUUGGGCGGAUGCAAGAAGCAGAGCCGCGUACGAAUACUUUGGAGACGUUGUAACUUUUGACACAACAUACUUGACUAACAAGUAUGACAUGCCUUUUGCCGCAUUCGUGGGUGUGAAUCACCAUGGUCAAUCAACAUUACUUGGUUGUGGAUUGCUAUCGGGUGAAGACACAGAUUCUUUUGUGUGGCUGUUCAAGUCAUGGCUUCGUUGUAUGCUAGAAAAAGGACCUUUGGGCAUUGUGACUGAUCAGUGUAAGGCUAUGAAAAAUGCUAUUGAGUUAGUAUUCCCUACAACUCGUCAUAGGUGGUGUUUAUGGCAUAUAAUGAAAAAAGUUCCAGAAAAGCUUAGCGGGUAUGGGGCAUAUAAAAGGAUCAAGUAUGCAAUGAAAGAAGCCGUGUAUGAUACAUUCACAACAGAUAGCUUUGAACAAAAAUGGUGUUCAUUCAUAGAUGUGGGCUCGUUGACCUGGUGUUAA